GUCAUAGCAUGCCCCGCCCUAACCCCUCCUUUCUGUACUCCUGGCUCUGUUCGCGCAGUAACAAAUGAAGUGCGCGCUGCGACACCUCCCAACUCUCCGGGCUCGGCCGCCAUUUCCUCGCCUUGCCUAACGGUCCGGCCAAUCCCAGCGCGCAUCCAGAAGGACUGAAGUUCCGCCAAUCGGAGACGUCUGAUCCGACCCUUUGCCUCAGCGCGACCCAAUCCAGGCUCCAGCCCCUCGCCCCCGGCCCGCCCCCGCGGCGCCCUCUCUCCUCCCUCUUUGUGCGUCUCGCGCCGCCGCCGCCGCCGCGUGAGAGGACGGGCUCCGCGCGUUCCGCGGCAGCGCAGUCGGGUCCCCUCCCCCCGGAAGGUUCGCUAAGGAGAAGCCGCCGCUGAGGAGGAGCCGCUGGUGCGGGUCUCCGGGGGGCGCCAUGGCUACCGGAGCGAACGCCACGCCGCUGGAUUUCCCAAGUAAGAAGCGGAAGAGGAGCCGCUGGAACCAAGACACAAUGGAACAGAAAACGGUGAUUCCAGGAAUGCCCACAGUUAUCCCCCCUGGACUUACUCGGGAACAAGAAAGAGCUUAUAUAGUGCAACUGCAGAUAGAAGACCUGACUCGUAAACUGCGCACAGGAGACCUGGGCAUCCCCCCUAACCCUGAGGACAGGUCCCCUUCCCCUGAACCCAUCUAUAAUAGCGAGGGGAAGCGGCUUAACACCCGUGAGUUCCGCACUCGCAAAAAGCUGGAAGAGGAGCGGCAUAACCUCAUCACAGAAAUGGUCGCUCUCAACCCUGAUUUUAAGCCACCUGCAGAUUACAAACCUCCGGCAACACGUGUGAGCGAUAAAGUAAUGAUCCCGCAAGACGAAUAUCCGGAAAUCAACUUUGUGGGGCUACUGAUUGGGCCCAGAGGGAACACAUUGAAGAACAUAGAGAAGGAGUGUAAUGCCAAGAUAAUGAUCCGGGGGAAAGGGUCUGUGAAAGAAGGGAAAGUUGGGCGCAAAGAUGGCCAGAUGUUGCCAGGAGAAGAUGAGCCACUUCAUGCCCUGGUUACCGCCAAUACCAUGGAAAAUGUGAAGAAAGCAGUAGAACAGAUAAGAAACAUCCUGAAGCAGGGUAUUGAGACCCCUGAGGACCAGAACGAUCUACGGAAAAUGCAGCUUCGGGAGUUGGCACGCUUGAAUGGAACCCUUCGGGAAGAUGAUAACAGGAUCUUAAGACCCUGGCAGAGCUCAGAGACCCGUAGCAUUACCAAUACUACCGUGUGUACUAAGUGUGGAGGGGCUGGCCACAUUGCUUCCGAUUGCAAAUUCCAAAGGCCUGGUGAUCCCCAGUCAGCUCAGGAUAAAGCACGGAUGGAUAAAGAAUAUUUGUCCCUCAUGGCUGAACUGGGUGAAGCGCCCGUACCAGCAUCCGUGGGCUCCACCUCUGGGCCUGCCAGCACACCUCUGGCCAGUGCACCUCGGCCUGCUGCUCCUGCCAACAACCCGCCACCACCGUCUCUCAUGUCCACCACCCAGAGCCGCCCACCCUGGAUGAAUUCUGGCCCUUCAGAGAGUCGACCCUACCACAGCAUGCAUGGAGGUGGUCCUGGUGGGCCUGGAGGUGGCCCCCACAGCUUCCCACACCCAUUACCCAGCCUGACAGGUGGGCAUGGUGGACAUCCCAUGCAGCACAACCCUAAUGGGCCCCCACCCCCUUGGAUGCAGCCACCACCACCACCGAUGAACCAGGGCCCCCACCCACCUGGGCACCAUGGCCCUCCUCCAAUGGAUCAGUACCUGGGAAGUACGCCUGUGGGCUCUGGGGUCUAUCGCCUGCAUCAAGGAAAAGGUAUGAUGCCGCCGCCGCCUAUGGGCAUGAUGCCGCCACCGCCGCCGCCGCCCAGUGGGCAGCCCCCGCCCCCACCUUCUGGUCCUCUUCCCCCAUGGCAACAGCAGCAGCAGCAGCCUCCGCCACCCCCUCCGCCCAGCAGCAGUAUGGCUUCCAGUACCCCCUUGCCAUGGCAGCAAA